AUGGGGGGUCUCAAUUCUAGGCUACUUAUGUGGAAUCCCCUCACCCGAAAGAGGCAUUUUGCACCAGACGAAGCUAGCAAGCACUGCUGCCACGUUGUAUCUCUUUAUGCCUUUGGGUAUUUGGAAGAUAGUGUGGAAUACCGCAUUGUGCAUGUACACAAGCGACACUACUCUGACAGUACCAUGUCCUGGAGUAUUUAUAGUUUAGUGGAGAGGGAGUGGACUCAUGAAGGUUCAUUUGAAAGCAAUGUUCAGAAGCUUGGACCCAAAUCUGUUGUGGACAAUGGCGUCAUUUACUGGAUAGGUUGGGAACGUCCUAACUUUCCUGAGCCAGUAAGCAUUAUCACAUUCAAUCUCAGGCACAGAUCUUUCCAUGAGGCUACAAUACCUGCAGAGGUGAAAUCUGAAUAUCACUCCCUGACUCCCUUUAAAGAAGGUAUAGGAUUAUUAACCUAUCACAAUGUUGGAUUGUCAAGACAGAUAUUGGUUUGGGAAAUGAAGCAAAAUGGGGAACAAAAUCUUGAUUGGGCUAAGAUGAUCAAGGUUACUGGGCUUGGAAUUCCAUACAGUCCUUCUUUAUUAGUUGGUAAGGAUAUCAUAUCCGUAAUGGAGACUAGGAAUGGUUCUAACUGUUCAAAUGACACUGAGAGGACUGAUCUACUUAUAACAAAACUGAGGUUCAUGGAAGCAAGAAGAGUCCACCUGGCGCACCGAUUUUGGCAAGAGCACGUUAAUGUAAAGACAAUCACUCUGCACUCCAAUGGACUGUAUAUGGUUUAG